AAAUAAUUCUGUCUUUAGUUAAAAUGAGAACAUUUUAGAAAGUAGAUCAAUUAAGAAUAAUUGAACUAAAUAUUUUAGUAAAAAAGAGUUAAUCUAAAUCACCUUCAAAUGAAUAAACUGAAGCUAUGAAUGAAUUUAUAGUAACACAGGAGAUUAAAAAUAACCCUAAAAGAGGAAAGAAUUAACCAUUAUUAGCUCACUCAACGGGUUUUCACAGAGCACCCUACUAAACAGAAAUAAAUGCAUUGAAGAGAAGGUAAGCAAAGAUGAUAGAGAAACUGGAUAAAAAAAUGGAGGUAUAUGAAAGCAAAAAUAAGAAAACGUGGAAUAACAAGGGAAAUAAGAACAUCNACCCCAAGAAAUAGACAAAAUAAGGUGGAUGCUGUUGA